AUGCUUGUUAACAUAAGGGAUUUACUGAAGAAGAAAGACAAAAUGCCUUUCAAAGGGUUCGGUUCACUGAAGGAAAGAUUUUUUAACCCAGGAAAGGAAGAGGUGAAGAACACCGUUAGUGACUCACUGGGGAAUCUGAGAAGGAAAAUCGAUGGCACAAACGUAGAGGAUGAUCACAUUGAGCUGACAGAAGAGGGGCGGCCCGUGCAGGCAAGCACCCGCAAGCUGGCACCAUGCGACUGCUACUGCUGCGGGCUGCCCAAGCGCUACAUCAUUGCCAUAAUGAGCGGUCUGGGCUUUUGCAUCUCCUUCGGAAUUAGGUGUAACCUGGGUGUUGCCAUCGUGGAAAUGGUGAACAAUAACACUGUUUAUGUUAAUGGAAAACCAGAGCUGCAGAAAGCCCAAUUCAACUGGGAUCCAGAGACAGUGGGACUCAUUCAUGGCUCUUUUUUCUGGGGUUACAUUGUGACACAAAUUCCAGGAGGGUUCAUCUCAAACAAAUUGGCUGCUAACAGGGUAUUUGGAGCAGCUAUCUUUCUAACAUCUACACUGAACAUGCUCAUCCCUUCUGCAGCAAGAGUGCAUUAUGGCUGUGUGAUGUUUGUAAGGAUUCUGCAAGGUCUGGUGGAGGGCGUCACCUACCCAGCCUGCCACGGGAUGUGGAGUAAGUGGGCUCCUCCACUGGAGAGAAGCAGGUUGGCCACCACAUCGUUCUGUGGGUCUUAUGCAGGUGCAGUGGUCGCCAUGCCGCUGGCAGGUGUGCUGGUACAGUAUAUAGGAUGGUCAUCAGUCUUUUAUAUUUACGGAAUGUUUGGGAUUGUUUGGUACAUGUUCUGGCUGCUUAAUGCCUAUGAGAGCCCUGCUGCACAUCCAACAAUAACCAAUGAAGAAAAAAUAUAUAUAGAAACAAGUAUCGGAGAAGGAGCCAGCCUAGCUAGUGCCAGUAAAUUUAGUACUCCCUGGAAGAGAUUUUUCACUUCAAUGCCAGUUUAUGCAAUCAUUGUGGCAAACUUUUGCAGAAGCUGGACCUUCUAUUUGCUCCUUAUAAGUCAGCCUGCUUACUUUGAAGAAGUCUUUGGGUUUGCAAUAAGCAAGGUUGGCCUUUUGUCGGCAGUUCCUCACAUGGUCAUGACAAUCAUCGUACCCAUUGGAGGGCAGCUAGCUGACUUCUUACGGAGCAGGAAGAUUUUAACCACUACCACUGUACGGAAGGUCAUGAAUUGUGGAGGCUUUGGGAUGGAAGCAACCUUGCUUUUGGUGGUUGGUUAUUCUCAUACAAAAGGUGUGGCUAUUUCCUUUCUGGUGUUAGCAGUAGGCUUCAGUGGCUUUGCAAUUUCAGGAUUCAACGUGAAUCACUUGGACAUAGCCCCACGUUACGCCAGCAUUCUGAUGGGGAUCUCCAAUGGCGUGGGGACACUGUCGGGCAUGGUGUGCCCGCUCAUCGUUGGUGCAAUGACGAAACAUAAGACCCGGGAAGAAUGGCAAAACGUCUUUCUGAUUGCAGCCCUGGUGCAUUACAGUGGAGUGAUAUUCUACGCUAUCUUUGCUUCUGGGGAGAAGCAGGAAUGGGCUGACCCUGAAAACCUCAAUGAAGAGAAAUGUGGCAUAAUUGAUCAGGAUGAACUAGCUGAAGAAACAGAGAUGAACAAUGAAACUUUUGUAAGUCCAAAGAAAAUGUACGGUGCUACCAGUCAAAACAGUGAAGUACAGAGAAGGGAAUGGAGAAAGCAAAAGCAAGUAACUCAAGACAUGGAAGAACAGACUUCUUACCAUUACGAAAAUGAAAAUUUUCAAGAUUUGUCAUAAUACUUGAAAUUGUAAGGUUUGUAUAGCAGCUACUCCCAUCCUCCCUUCUGCCUAGCUGCCC